AGCGACGAUGCCGGGCGCGCCGCGUCUCUCCGCAGGCCACGGCCGCGGCGUCCCGGAGUCCCGCAGCCCAGGCGCCAUGGAGCGGCCGGCGCCCCUGGCCGUCCUGCCUUUCUCGGACCCUGCGCACGCCCUGAGCCUGUUGCGUGGCCUGAGCCAGCUCCGCGCCGAGCGCAAGUUCCUGGACGUGACCCUGGAGGCGGCGGGCGGGCGCGACUUCCCCGCGCACCGCGCCGUGCUGGCGGCCGCCAGCCCCUACUUCCGCGCCAUGUUCGCGGGCCAGCUGCGCGAGAGCCGCGCCGAGCGCGUGCGCCUGCACGGAGUGCCGCCCGACAUGCUGCAGCUGCUGCUCGACUUCAGCUACACGGGCCGCGUGGCGGUGAGCGGCGACAACGCCGAGCCGCUGCUGCGCGCCGCCGACCUGCUGCAGUUCCCGGCCGUGAAGGAGGCGUGCGGCGCCUUCCUGCAGCAGCAGCUCGACCUGGCCAACUGCCUGGACAUGCAGGACUUCGCCGAGGCCUUCAGCUGCGCGGGGCUGGCGAGCGCGGCGCAGCGCUUCAUACUGCGCCACGUGGGCGAGCUGGGCGCCGAGCAGCUGGAGCGGCUGCCGCUGGCGCGCCUGCUGCGCUACCUGCGCGACGACGGGCUGUGCGUGCCCAAGGAGGAGGCCGCCUACCAGCUGGCGCUGCGCUGGGUCCGGGCCGACCCGCCGCGCCGCGCCGCGCACUGGCCGCAGCUGCUCGAGGCCGUGCGCCUGCCCUUCGUGCGCCGCUUCUACCUGCUGGCGCACGUCGAGGCCGAGCCGCUGGUGGCGCGCUGCCCGCCCUGCCUGCGCCUGCUGCGCGAGGCGCGCGACUUCCAGGCGGCGCGCUACGACCGCCACGACCGCGGGCCCUGUCCCCGCAUGCGCCCGCGCCCCUCCACGGGCCUCGCCGAGAUCCUCGUGCUCGUGGGCGGCUGCGACCAGGACUGCGACGAGCUGGUCACCGUCGACUGCUACAACCCGCAGACGGGCCAGUGGCGCUACCUGGCCGAGUUCCCUGACCACCUAGGCGGGGGCUACAGCAUCGUGGCGCUGGGCAAUGACAUCUACGUGACAGGCGGAUCCGAUGGCUCCCGGCUCUACGACUGUGUGUGGAGGUACAACUCGAGUGUGAACGAGUGGACGGAGGUGGCGCCCAUGCUGAAGGCCCGCGAGUACCACAGCUCCUCUGUGCUGGACGGACUGCUGUACGUGGUGGCCGCCGACAGCACGGAGCGCUAUGACCACACCACCGACUCCUGGGAGGCCCUGCAGCCCAUGGCCUACCCCAUGGACAACUGCUCCACCACCGCCUGCCGUGGCCGGCUCUAUGCCAUUGGCUCCCUGGCCGGCAAGGAGACCAUGGUGAUGCAGUGCUACGACCCCAACACCGACCUGUGGUCACUGGUGGACUGUGGCCAGCUCCCGCCUUGGUCCUUCGCCCCCAAGACCGUGACUCUGAAUGGACUCAUGUACUUCGUCAGGGAUGACUCCGCCGAGGUGGACGUGUAUAACCCGGUGAAGAACGAGUGGGACAAGAUCCCGUCUAUGAAUCAGGUGCACGUGGGGGGCAGCCUGGCCGUCCUGGGAGGGAAGCUAUACGUCUCUGGGGGAUACGACAAUACAUUUGAACUCUCGGACGUGGUGGAGGCGUAUGACCCAGAGACUCGGGCGUGGAGUGUGGUGGGGCGGCUCCCAGAGCCCACCUUCUGGCAUGGCAGCGUCAGCAUCUUCCGCCAGUUCAUGCCCCAGACCUUCUCAGGCGGGCGCGGCUUCGAGCUGGACAGUGGCAAUGACAUAGACGCAGGCCGACACCGGCCACCGCAGAACCCAGAGGAGCUGCACUAGCCCCGGCCUGGCCCAGUGAGGGCCUCGGUGCAGGUAACCAUCACCUCCACAGGGACAGUGACCCCUCCCUCGUGCCGAGCACAGGCUCUGGGGUAGCUGAAGGAGCCUUAGGAUCCAUCGCCUGGAUGGUUCCUGUGCUUUUGGAACCUGAGUCACAGCUGCUGGAGCCAGAACAGGUUGUGAAUGCCCCCCUCUGCUGAGGAGCCACCUUGCUGCCAGAGGUCACCCCCAGCCUGCAGCCCCCCAGCUGACUCAUGCACCACACACCCCUCCUGCUGCUGCCGCCUGCGCCUACUUGCUCCCACAUUGGGAGAGGAAGACAACGUGGGGGUGACAAGUGAAGGGGACGGGGCCUUCCAUGAGGCGCUGAGAACGGCCU